ACGCUUAAUAUAUUAAUAGCGGGUAUUACGAGGAUUAGUUUUAGCCUAGGUAAGGAAAUCGUUACCCUAAGUAUAAUAGAAAUAGAAAUAUACUUCGGAACAAUAACUUUCUAUAUUUUGCCCAUUAAUACCCCAUUUCUCUUAUAUCUAAAAAACAUAGAUCGACUAGGUAUUAUAUUUAAUAAUACGAAGAACAAAAUCUUUAGUAAUAAGUAUUUUAAAAUAGUCGAACGACGAUAG